AUUACACUCGAACGUGGCGUUUAUUAGUCUAAUGAAAUAAGAUUGCGAUUUUUUAAUCUUUUUAUUUUUUAUUUUUAAUUAAUAAGUACACAAUAUUUAGUAUAUGUAAUACUUGUAUCAUUUCUCAAAAAACAAUUGUUUAAUGUCGACAUUAAACAAUUGUUUUAUGGAUACUGAUUUGCUUUUCUUAUAAUCAUGUUGUGGUAGCCAUUGAUAAUUAGUUAAUGUUACAUAGAAAUUAAAAUAAUCUCUAUAAGUAUGUCGUCUUCCGGAGACUUCGGUAAUCCUCUUAGGAAAUUCAAAUUGGUGUUUUUGGGCGAACAAAGUGUUGGUAAAACGUCACUCAUCACAAGAUUUAUGUAUGAUAGUUUCGAUAAUACUUACCAGGCCACCAUUGGUAUUGAUUUUUUGUCUAAAACUAUGUAUCUCGAAGAUAGAACUGUAAGAUUACAGCUAUGGGAUACAGCAGGACAAGAAAGAUUCAGAAGUCUUAUUCCUUCUUAUAUAAGAGAUUCUACUGUUGCUGUUGUUGUAUAUGACAUAACAAAUGCGAAUUCCUUUCACCAGACAUCAAAAUGGAUAGACGAUGUUCGAACUGAACGUGGUAGUGAUGUAAUAAUAAUGUUAGUUGGUAACAAAACUGAUUUAACUGAUAAACGACAAGUAUUAGCUGAAGAUGGUGAACAUAAAGCAAAGGAGUUAAAUGUCAUGUUUAUUGAAACUAGUGCUAAAGCUGGUUACAAUGUUAAACAAUUGUUCAGAAGAGUGGCAGCAGCAUUACCUGGCAUGGAUGUAGCUGAGAAUCGACCACCUGAAGACAUGCAAGAAGUCGUGCUUAAAGACACACCGAAUGAUGCAGCAAAUCCAGAGAAGAGUUGUGCAUGCUAAUAUAUAAUUUAUAGUUUAACUUAUAUAAUAAAAAUCCAUCCAAUUUUUUAUUACGUAUAAUAAAGUCUAAAAUUUUAAAGACUAACUAUUCUUUUUUUUAAAUAACAGAAAAUAUUCUGGUCUUGGACAAUGAUUCUAUAUAUUUAAGUAAAUAUUUGAUGAGUAGGACCAGUUAUUAAUUAAAAUAAUACAUCUAAUUAUAAUUAAACUUAUAAUUAGUAAUUAUAAUAUACUAAAAGAAUAACAAUUGAAAGAGAAUAUUUCCACCUCGCUGAACAUUCCCAGAGCUUUAAAUAAAUGCUACAUUAUUAUUGUUUUGUAAACAAUUAUUUUUAUUUAUU